UCCCCAAAUCCCAAUUCGAUUUUUAACCUCCCUGCUGAACCAUGAUUUGCCUCAGAGCCAUCCCCUCCCCACGACUCCACCUACCCCUCCUCCGCCGCCUCAGACGACCCUCCGCCGCCGCCAUGUCCUCCUCGACCACCUCCCCCGCCAUCGCGGCCCCGAUCGAGCACUUCGUGCUCAUCAAGGUCCGCCCGGAGGCGGCGGCCUCGGGCGCCGCCGCCGCCAUGGUCUCCUCCCUGCAGGCGCUCUCCGCGCUCGUGCCAGGGCUGGCCUACAUCCACGCGGGCCCCGUGCUGCGCCUCCGCUCCCCGGCCGCCGAGGCGCUGGGCCCCACGCACCUCCUCCACUCCCGCUACGCCGCCAAGCCCGACCUGGCCGCCUACGCCGCGCACCCGGCGCACGUGGCCGCCGUGCAGGCCCACGUCGCGCCCAACGCGCUCGACGCCACCGCCGUCGACUGGGUCAACGCCGCCGACCUCCCGUCCCCCGUCGCGCCCGGCGCCGCCGUGCGGCUCACCCUCGCCAAGGUCAGGGACGGGGUGGAGGUCGCGCGGCUCGUGGAGGAGGUGCGCGAGGCUACCAGGGCUGCUGCUGGGGUGGGGGAGGGCGCCGCCAGGGUCAGCUUCGGGGAGAACUUCUCCCCCGCCAGGGCCAAGGGGUUCCAGUUCGGGAUGGUGGCUGUGUUCGGCAGCGUGGAGGAGCUCGACGCCGUUGAGGGGGACGCCAAGGUGGAGCAGGCCAAGGCCGCCCUCAGGCCCUUGCUCGAUGAGGUCAUGGUGCUCGACUUCGUCGUCGACGCGCCGGCCGCGGCCGCCAGCCUCUGAGUCAUGAUGAUCGGAGGUUCAGGUUGAUUUGAAUCCGAGUGUGUUAUCGAUGUGAGCUCUCCUAACGGACUCCUCAUGAAAUUGCGAUCCAUCUUGUGAGAUG